AAUUAGGGAAUAGAUCAACGUUACGGAAAUUAUUUAAAACGAGAAACGGUACACAAACGUUAAGCUUUUGGGUUCAAUAUUCAACGUUACUCGCAGUUUGUUUGAGCGUAACGUUGGUCCUUGGGCCUUUUGUGUUUGGAGAAACUGAAUGCAGAAUUGAGGUGAAAGAUGACUCAGUUCCUGCCACCAAAUUUGUUGGCACUGUUUGCCCCACGAGACCCCAUUCCUUACCUGCCUCAGUUGGAGAAAUUGCCCCACGAGAAACACCAUAAUCAACCGUAUUGUGGCAUUGCCCCUUUCAUCAAACAUUUUGAGGAUCCCAGAGAUGCCCCACCUCCUACCAGAGCAGAGACCAGGGAGGAGAGGCUGGAGAGAAAGAGACGGGAGAAGAUCGAGAGGAGACAAGCGGUUGUGGAGACUGAACUCAAGCUGUGGGAUCCCCACAAUGACCCCAAUGCUCAGGGAGAUGCCUUCAAGACGCUGUUUGUGGCACGAGUGAACUAUGAUACAACCGAGUCCAAGCUUCGCCGUGAAUUUGAGGUGUAUGGACCUAUCAAAAGGAUCUACAUCGUUUACAACAAGAGGACGGGCAAACCCAGAGGCUAUGCCUUCAUCGAAUAUGAGCAUGAGAGGGACAUGCACUCGGCCUACAAGCAUGCUGAUGGAAAGAAGAUUGAUGGGAGGAGGGUGCUGGUGGAUGUGGAGAGGGGACGCACAGUCAAGGGAUGGCAACCCCGCAGACUGGGUGGAGGUCUUGGUGGCACAAGAAGGGGAGGAGCUGAUGUCAACAUCAAGCACUCUGGUAGAGAUGAUACUUCUCGGUAUGACGAGAGGCCCAUUGGAGGGGAUCGUGAUCGUGACAGGGGCAGUGAUCGGCGUGCGGACCGGAGCCGAGAGAGGGAACGGGAGAAGGACCGAGGGGAGAGGAGGAGAUCCAGAUCCAGGGAGAGGCGCAGACGCAGCUCGCGCUCCCGGGAGAGGGAGAGAGGGGACCGGGGAGCCGGGGCAGCCGGCAUUGGGGUCGGGGGUGCCGGGGAUGAGAGUGGAGGAAGCAGCAGGCGGCGGGACAGAGAGAGAGAAAGAGGGGGAGGAGGGGACAGCAGGAGUCGAGAGAGAAGCAGGGAUAGAGAGAGGAAGAGGAGGAGUAGGAGCCGGGAUAGGAAGCGGGAGAGGGAGCGAGGGAAGGGAGGUGGAGAGGAAGGAGCAGAAGGCGGCAUGGGGCUAGGAGAUGUCAUGGGAGAUGGAGGAGAGAGAAUGCUGGAUGACCCCAAUUCUGUAGACCUGGGCAACCCCGGCCGGGAUGAUGGAAACCUAGAAGGAGAGGAUAGGGGAAGAGAUCGAGGAGAGAGAGAUCGUGACAGGGACAGGGACAGGGACAGAAGGCGUAGCCAUAGGGACAAAGACAGAGACCGUGACAGAGAGAGGAGGAGGGGAGAUAGAGACAGGGACAGAGACAGAGAGCACAAGAGAGACAGGGGGGACCGAGAGAGGGGUGGAGAGAGGAGGGAUGAUCGACAGCUGGCCCCACCCUCCUCUCUGCUGCCACCCUCUAUGGUUCAGGACGGAGGCAGUAACAGUGAGGACAUGCCUAUGCCAGAGGAGGGCAGUCAGGACGGAAUGAUGGACCAGGAGUCGGUGCAGUCUGGAGAGGGGUACAUCUCUAAUGAGAAUGGCUACAAGCUUGAGCCGCAGGUGGAGGAAUACUAAGGGGAGGGUGUUCGUACUCAUUACCAGUGCUGGCAGGACUCUGUGAAGAACUCUUCCAUAGAGAGGUGGUCAACUCUUCACUUGAAUUGCCCACCUCCAGAUGUCAUCUUAUUCAGAUCCUUGAUUACAUAAUUGCCUUGAUUCUUGACCCCACCUUUGGUAUAACUGAUACAGUACCAUACAAUAAGUCCUUGUCCCGCUAGUAUAAAAUAGUUAUGUUUACCAUUGUGAGAAAUAGUGCUGAAUAGUUUGUCAACAUAUAGUUCAGGUGGUUUCCAAGUCUAAAGAACAGUAAAAUUGUUUCAAGCCAAGAGUACUAUGUAGUUGCCAUGGCUUAUGACGAAACAAGAAUUGCCUCUCAACCCAGUAUUGGUUCCAUCCAGCCAUCUCGUGUAAACUGAUUAUUGGGCAAAGAGCAGCUUUUUUAUUUACUUUUGGCAGUCAUCACAGUCUCUUAGUGAAAGCAGAGCAAAGUAAAGCGGUGCAGUGUUAGUGCUACAUAUUUUAUCGUCUAACGUACUAUUGCCAAUGUUAAGGCAUGCUUGAUACAUCUGUUAGGAAUUGAUAUGUUUGAAGUCUUUUUUUCCACAAAACUAGAUAAUGUUGCCCCUGAAAAGCCUGUGUCUAAGUGACUUUUGUUGACUGUCAACUGUACUUAGUAUGUUGUG